CAUUUUGUUGCAAGAGAAAAUGUCUAUGUCUGUGAACUACAACGACCAAAGAAAUGACCGAUAUAUUCCUGUAGCACCAUGUCACUCUUCGAUGCUUUUGAUGAAAAAGAGAAGUCACCAGACAAAGGAUGGAGCCAUUCAUGCUUAUUUUCCAACUCUGACUCAGUAGGAGAGAAAGACAUUCCAACAUCCAGUUCAGACACAGAUCAACAAUUGGAUAUCGAGCUGCAAGAAGAAACUGUUGUGAUUGAUUCGUCUGUUGAGGAAAUCCCCCAUGAAGUGUGUAGUGAAGGUACUCCACAAGUGUGUGAGGGGCAAGUGACAAGUUGUGAGGAGGCCAUUGGGGUGGAGGCAGAGGGUGGGGGGACAGUGGAGAUAGUGGACGGGAAUUCUCAGGAGAGCAAUGAAGGGGAGGUUCAAAUAGUGGAAAAUGGGUGUGAUCCUUCUGUUGUUACAGAGACAGUGAACCAAGUGCAAGGUUUGCAACAGCUACCCAUAAAACUACAGAACGAAAAAGGCCAAGUUUUGUUCACCAUAACUGGGAAUUUUGACAAACCUGAAGACAAGUCCCUGUUACAGAGACUCUUGGCCAAUGGGGAUUAUCAGCAGUUGGCUAAUAGAGCUAACUUACAGACUAUUGUAACAUCAACUGCAAAUCAUCAAACGGUUCAAACAGCACAAUCGCCACAGGCACCAACAGUCAUUAACAGCCCUUCUACAGAGCGGGUUCUUGCUCAGACACCUACCAUUGUUAAAAGCCCUUCUUCUGCACAGGUCCUUGCUCAGUUAGUUUCACAGUUAGGAGCUGCCAGUGCAUCAACUAAUGCAGCAGAUCCUCGGAAUUUAAAUCAAAUUCUCAGCCAGACCAGAAUAUCGAAAGAGGAUCUGUUAAAAUUGAUCAGAAGUAGUCGAGCAGGAACUAACCUGCAAGCCCAAGGCCAAAACUUAAAUCCACAGCAGCCACAGGGUCAGAAAAUUGGCCAAGUUCUGCAAAGUGCAGGCACAGGAGCUAAAACCCAGCAAGUGAUAAAUCCUAUUCAGCUGUCUGCUGCCACACAGAAAGUUGGAACUGUUCUUUUCCCCAAGCAGUCAAGUGCAGCUACUUCCUUGGCAGGCCUGAUUCAGAGUAGAGCCAACCAGAGUGCUGCUGUGGGAACCGUAACAACAGCCGGUCAUAGAGUCAGUGUUCAGCAGCAGCAACCCCUGGACACUUCCGGUGUGAAGGUUAUUCAUGUGGCCCCGACUACACCUGUAAAGCAAGGUGUAAAUGUUACUAACAACCAAAUAAUAAGUCCACAGAAAGUCCAGACGACGAUUGGAAGUCCUCGCACUGCGACCUCGGUACAUCAGACGGUCCUGUUACCUAACAGUGGCACUAAGUACUUUAUUGUGAACCAAACUAGCCCUGUACAGAAUACAAAUAGCCAGCAGGGGCCACAGCUGUCCUCUGUGAUCAACUCGCCAAAGACCGGGGCCACCAGUAUCCCCACUGUAAGACUAGCUGGUCAAGUGACACAGGGACCUAUACGAAUCAUUCAGACUGGUCCCCAGGCCACGCAGGUUCAUACACGUCUUGCCAGUCCCCGUUUUUCUACUAGUCAGCCCUCUACUCAGAAAAUUGUCCUCCCUCAGACUUUGUCUUCGUUAACGUCCAUUGUCGACAAUUCGAAUAUUACUGUCUCUCGAGGGAGACCAGCAUCAGUGUCUCCUGCAGUUAAUGUAGGUUCCCCCACCCCCCAGACCGGAGUGAGUCAGUGCAGGAUAUUGAGACCCUCAGGGAGGGGAAGGAGGCCCAUCAAAAGGAAUUAUUUUGUGGACCCACAGCUUGUGAAGAAUAAGACAGCCACCAGUUCUGUGUUAGUUGGGCCCAAUUCUCAACAACUCAUCACCAGUGGACCCAAUUCUCAACAACUCAUCAUAGCAGGGACUCAGGACCCAGUACAAGUUUUGCAGGUUAAUGCAGUUCAGAAAAUGUUAAGUAAUGGUAAAGGAAUGGUGAAUCAUGCAGCAAAUCACGCGAUUGUUACUGUGAAUAAUAUGGGUCAGAGAAACUCUUCUUCUCCUGCUCAGGGAAACACCUCCCUUGUUGAAUACAGUGAUUCGGAUUCGCUUUCAACUUCUUCGGAAAAAGACAAUGAAUCAGGAGAGCCACCAAAGCUCCAAGCCGCCGCUGGUCCAAAAUUAUCGAAUGGCGUCGUUUUGAUGCCAAGCACCUUAUCAGAUGCGAUAGCGAGAGCCAAACCCACCGAGAAAAUUCCAGUGAACACUCAAAGCACAAAUCUGAAGUUCAUAAAGAACGUUGUGUAUAAUAUUCCACUGAAAGGAGAGAAAAAGUUUUACAGAUUUGAUGGAGAAUAUCUUGUACCUGAACUGGAUGCAGGUGGGAUGGUAGGAGGGGGAGUUGGAGAGAAGAAGGAAAAGACACUGAGGGGUAACGCUACAGGGCUACACAUGAAUACCCCACAGGCAAACAGUGCUACCCGGACUUUCAUGAAGGCUGUAGAGGCAGUUGGCAGCAAAGUGUUCAAAGAUGGCCGAUUCUGGAAACACAGCACCGGACCUCAGGCUAUAGUUGGCGGGACGGCCACCACUAUUUAUGAAGAUGGGCAAGGAGAUACAGCAGACUCAUCUAGUCAGGCAAAUCAAGGAAGAAAAAGACCCAUUGAAGAUGUUUCUAAUUUGCCGCCAAUCAAAGACGACGAGGUGCGAUUGGUCCACUGCAAGUUCUGCGGAUACACGAGUUUCACGGUUAGGUCAUGUGAGCGAUGUCACCGCACAUUCCAGGUGGACACCAAGAUCGAAGUACAGAAAAAGAAGAUGAAGCAAGAUGAAGGCACUGUAGCCACGUCCACGAUCUCAAAACAAACUUUUUACGGGAAACCCACAAUGACCACCUCCACUCCUGUUCUAUACAGUACUCAGGUGACUGGUAAGGACGGGAAUACGAUAGUGUUGAACUAUGUCAAUCAGGGAAGACGCGUCAAUCUGGACGGAAAAUCAUACAGGUCCCCGUCGGUGAUACGCGGCGGAAAACAGCCCAGGAAAACCUAUACCUCAGAACCAGUAACGAUAUCCAUAUCAUCGGACGAGGAAGAAGAGCAGGAGAAAUCUUCCGUCCCAGGAUCCACUGCAACAGGAAGUGUCUCCACGCCUGUCGCAGAGAAGGACGACAUCGGACAGCUACUGGACAGCAUUCCUCAGAACAAGCGACCCGCCUCCCCGACCGCUCAGGUCGGCAGUAGGGUGGUCAAGAUGGAGGAUGAGAAAGGAAAAACUGUGCUUAUACGGAAAAGCGCAAGACGGAAAUCCCCAACUAGACCUCCCUCCAGAGGGUCAACUACGAAUAGUGCUGCUAAUAAUUCUUCACAAUCUGUAACUUCCCCUGAACCAGUCGACGUUUCAUCAGUGAACUUCAUCGCCAAAGCCAUACGUAUUGGCUCUGUGCCAGCCAGUCCUGUGGAACCAGUGUUUCUGUCUGAGGAUUCUAUUUCAUUUUAUGUAGAAUGUGAGAACUCAUCUGAAAGAUUCAUUAUUAAACCAGAUGAACUACAGCAAUGUAUGUUUUGUCUGGAGAACAAACCUGUGAUUUUCCUUAAGACCACUCCCGAGUUUGCUGAGAGAGUCAGGCAAUUGCUGAAGAUUGAAGAAAAGAAUGAAAACAGCUGGUUUGAUCCCAAUGAUGCAGCACUGAGGUACCAGUUCAUUACUAUAACAAUGGUGGAGCUGGGAUCCCUCACCUACCCCAAACUGAAUAGUGUCCUCAGCAAGUACCCCCAUCCCAAGGGUCAGGCCUUUCCCUUCAUCGUGAAGAUGACCGGGGAGGAGGCCCUGAUUUACCGGAAGGAGAUCCUGGGGGAGGGGGAGGAGAAGGAAGGGGAGGGUCAGGCAGACCCAGCUCCCACCACCCAACUCCAGCCCCAGCCCCAAGAGAGGUCCCCCUCCCCACCCAAGAUACUAUUCACGGGUCCAGUGGUCAAAUUAAUAACAUUCCCUCCACCCCCUGCCCCUGGGGGCAUCCAAGUCACCAAUGAAGAUCUGUCCUGUCUAGAGGAAGGGGAAUUCCUCAAUGAUGUCAUCAUCGACUUCUAUCUGAAGUAUCUCUUCCUGGAUGUGCUGAGUGACAGAGAUCGGGAAAGAACGCAUGUAUUCAGCUCCUUCUUCUUCAAGCGCCUCACCCAGCGACACGGUCAGAGGGGAGUGGAGGCAGACAUGGCUGACAAAACACCUGCAGAAAAAAAGCAUGCACGAGUCAAAAACUGGACAAAGAAAGUGGAUCUCUUUGAGAAAGACUUCAUCAUUGUCCCAAUCAAUGAACAUUCACACUGGUUCCUGGCUGUGAUAUGUUUCCCGGGCCUCCAGUCCAUCAAACGGAUUCCCUACAUACCCAAGGCAUCCAACCUGGUCACUCAGCUCACGGUGGAAGUACAGACCUUGUCUACUCCCAAAGCCAAAACAGCAGAGGAAAAGGGGGCUAAACAGGAAGAGGGACCAGACAAUAAGGGGGGACCAGGCAAGGAUGGGGAACCAGCAAAAGAACCAGCACCAGACAAGUCUCUGAGAUGGUACAAGAUACCAAAGUUGACAAAAAGUGGGGAUGAUGAUAAAACUAAUAGUGAAAGUAGCAAUGGCCCAGUAAAUGCCGGGCAAGAUGGGGAGAAGGGUAAAGAUAAAGAAGACGGAGAGAAUGGAGAAAAAACUGCUGAGCCCAUGGAGACGGAGGAAAAUGAGCUUUCUAAUGAACAGAAGAGGGAGAUAGAGGAAGAUUCUGAGGAAAUGAUGGACACCAGUGAAGCACCAAAGAGUGAAGACAGCCAGACAGACAGUGAGAAGUCCCAGACUCAGUGUGACUCCAGUUCUCAAAGUGAAAGUCAAGCUAAAAGUGAAAGUCAAACAAAAAGUGAAAGUCAAACUAAAAGUGAAAGUCAGAUACAAACAAGUACCCCAACCAAAGAAGUGAUGGACAAGCCUGUCAAGCUUCACUUUAGAGCCCCGAUUAAGGAUCUACGAGGCACUGAGCUGACUGAGGAGCAGAUGAAGGACCCUGAAGUCCUCAAGAAAUGUACUCAAGGCUGUAGACAGCCAUGCAUUCUAGUGUUUGAUUCCUUAGCUGGACAGAACAGAUCUCGAAUUGUCUCUAUUCUUAAAGAGUAUCUCCAGGUUGAAUGGGACACUAAGAAGAAGACUCCGUUCAACCUGAAGGAGAAGAUCCGGGGGAGCACCGCCACUAAGGUCCCCCAGCAGACAAACUUCAGUGACUGUGGGGUCUACAUCCUCCAAUACGUGGAGAGCUUUUUUGAGGACCCCAUUCAGGACUUCACCAUUCCCCUGAAGCCCCUGACGGGCUGGUUCACCGAGGAGAAAGUCACUGCCAAACGGAAAGAGAUCAAGGAGCUCGUGAUGAGACUGAAGGAAACUCAGGAGAAAGGCAAAUCCUGACACCCACACUGGACCUAGACCCGGUCAGGGUUCAUAGAUCGAUGCAAGGCAUUAUUAUUGAGUCCCUGUGAGGAUAAUUUCAUUUGUUGUAUUGACACAUGGUGCUACAGUAACAACCCCCCCCCCCCCUUUCCAUCCAUUGUUUGUGAUCGAAUGCAAGAAUUCAAAGUAAAGGAAAAAGUGAUCAUUUUUCAAAUUGGUGAUUUGGGGACUUGUGACAGACUAUUUUGAUUUGGAUGUGAUGUACCAUACUUUCAGGAACUGAGGAUUUGUUUGUGCUACAUUGUAUUAUAUCACAUUUUUGAACAAAUUUCAUUCAACUCUGAUGCAGUCAAAGAAUACAAUAUUUUGAAAGGCGCCUGUUCAUACAUGUAUAUUCUCUGUUUUGUUUCUGAUUUUUUUGUAGUUAUUUUGUUUAUAUGGAAAAGGUUGAAGAUAUAGUAUGCAAGAGAAAUAAAUUAUUUUGGAGGAUUACCAUUAGAAUAAGUGCUAGUCUUAGUGUAGAUGAAUGUUAAACUUGUUGGGAGUUGUUGAUGAUUCUAUGGAGUAGUUCUCAUUUUGUUCAGAUAUUUUAAAACAAGAAUAAUGUGUUAAACACAUUAUUUCUUGAGGUUCAAGGCUGUUUAGAACCAGUAGCAUUAGUUCAUAAGCAUUGGGCUUAUUAUGUAAGCUGUUGAUUCAAAAAUUAAUCCAAUUGGUACCCCAAAUAAUAUACCGGUAGUGUGAAGUAUUUGUGUGUCUGAUUUUGAAUUACAAGAUGUACUUGUGAAUAUGUUUGACUGCAGAAAAAGAGUGUAAAAAUGGAAACUUUGUGUUCAUUCAUUCCUAUCUGUGGCUGAAUUUUUGCAAAUGUAUAGAUUUGUGGAAGAGAACUCUGCUACAGUACAUAAGAGUUAUGAUCUUGUUUGCUUGAUAACAAAAAAUGUACAUACAUGUAUAUUUGAGCAGCCAUUUGCUGUAGAUUUUCAUUAUAACAAACAAUUCAGAAAUAUUGAAUCGGAUAUAAACAAAAAUUAUCUAUUUCUUUUUUUUACCCUGAAAUUUGAAAAUUAUGCAAUCUGUAUACUUUUGAAAAUGUCGUUCAGUAUGGAUGUUGAGUGUUUCUAAUGAACACAGAUGCAGAAAUAUCUUCUUGAAGAAUAAUGCGAGUUUGUACCAACAGAUUGUUAGCUACACAUAAUGUGAUUGUUAACUGCCAAAACGCGUAGACAUAAUGUACCCAAAGGAAAUAUUGUAGUUUUGCAAACUUUAAAGCUUUUUUGAUAAAUAGUUAUAAAAAAAGAAAUGUUUGCUUUGAGCACUGAUUUCCUUAAAAGUCCCUUGGUAAUUCAAACUAUAAUUGUAAUGCAGAUUUAAUUUUCAUAAGUAAUGAAUUACACUGUAUACAAAAGUUGUCUUAAUAAAAUUACCCCAAAAAUAUAUAUACUAAGUAUAUAUUUUGAAAAUCUUUCCCAUUCUACAGUAUGCUUUAUUUUAAGUACAUUUAAAUACUUAUUCGUUUGGGCAGUAACUUUCCUAUAUGGUGUUAAAAGAUAAUUCUCUCUCUCUCUCUCUCUCUCUCUCUCUCUCUCUCUCUCUCUGUUCAUUAGAAUUAGGUUGUCAAUACUGAUCUAAAAUUCCAACUGAAGUUUGUUUUUUUCUUCAGCAGUUAUUCUAAUUUUAUUCAUCAUUUUUUAUUAAUGUGAAAAUCAUGAACUGUCGGAAUUUGUUGAUAUUGGUGGACGUUAGAUACAGGAGAUAUUAGAGGAGAAUUAAACAGCAAUAUUCUGUUCUUUGUUUGUUUGCUCACAUGUGUAUUUGUGUACAUGUAUAUUAAAAAUUCCACAUUUGUAUAGAAGAUCAUGGAUCAUUUCAUCAUUAAAAACAAUGUUGCCUGUU